AUGUCGUCGCCUGCAACAUUAUGUGAAUACUGCUCACAGAUUCCUCUAGAUCCAAAGAUACUAGAUGAAGAAGCAAAGCGUUUACGGAUAAGAGCCCCAACAUGGUCCCUUGGGGCUGCUAUCCGAAUCAAGAACAGUCCAUGCCCAUUGUGUCGCCUUUUCAUAUCCCAAUGGGAUCCAGACUUCAUCGCUGUCUCGUCCACCGAUGAGGUUGAGCUUCGUUGGAUAUUGGGGCCUGCCGGGCGCUGGGCUUUCACUACCUAUGGGGCUCGAGAUUAUACGUGGAUUGGCUUCAGCUCAGGCAUGGAGACGUCUGGUCACCCCGAUCCUAACUCGGGACUCUUUCUUGAGCCGUGGACGGACCCUUUGGUGGACACUUCUAGGAUCCUACGCUGGAUCUCAUCCUGCGAGGAGCUUCAUAGCUCGGAAUGUGCGAUGCCGACCGACUUACCCUUUGCUGAGGCAUUUCCUGGUCUCCGUGUACUCCGCGUGAUCGAUGUCGAGGAUCAUUGUGUCGUAGAGAUGACAAGUCUUGAGAAAUAUAUUGCUUUGAGCUAUGUAUGGGGAGCUGUUGCAAACUUUCGACUCACUAAGGCGAAUCGAACGGCACUGCUUUUGCCCAGGUCUCUAGAAAAGGUCUUUAAGAUGCUACCAAACACGAUAAAAGACGCUAUCACUUUGACAAGGCGUCUUGGGUGUAGAUAUUUAUGGGUUGACGCGCUUUGCCUGCUGCAAAACAACACCGAAGACUUAGAGCUAGGCGUCAAUGUCAUGGAUCUUGUUUACGAGAGAGCUUGGUUGACAAUUGUCGCAGCCUGUGGUCAUGAUGCUGACGCACGACUCCCCGGGGUUCAGCAGGGGGCCCGAGAUGGUUCUUCUAACUCAUUCAAGAUUAUGCCCGGCGUCGAAAUGGGAAUUGUGACGGGACUAGACGGAUUGCUCGAACGCUCAGUCUAUCACUCCAGAGCGUGGACGUUUCAAGAGCAAGUCCUAUCUCGCCGAGUUCUCUACUUUGUUGAAAACAAGGUCUUCUACCGUUGUCGUGCAGCAGAGCAUGCCGAACACUUUGUAGACGACCUAUCACAAACCUCGGCUGACUGGACGCCAGGAGCUUCUCAUUCGAUGUCUGUGCUCGUGAAUGACCCGGUGAUUUAUUUAUCGACAAUGCUCUCCCUCUAUACCAAAAGAGUCUUGACAAAUCAGAACGACACACUACGAGCCAUGGCUGGCAUUAUCAGGCGGAUUGCAGAGCGGAUGAAGUGCAAUUUCUUCCAGGGCCUUCCAACAGCCAUGCUCGACAAAUUCAUCACAUUCUUUGCAGAUGGUACCAUUCUUCACCGGCGCUCUACAUUUCCAAGUUACUCGUGGACAGGCUGGCGCGGUUGUGUCGAUAUGAACUUGCAAUUCACUUGCGAAAACAUGACUAUGACCGAGAACACCAAAAUGUGGCUCAGGGACAGGACGUGGAUCAUAUGGUAUAAGCGAAACUUUUCUGGUAUUCCCCAACUUGUCUGGGAUCCGGAUGCAAGCUUGUCAGAUAUGGAGUAUGCGGGAUAUCGCCACAGGCGCCCUUUUCGCGAUGGCCGAUACGUUCCCAAUCAACUAGACACAAGGCAAACCAUGCCGACCGAGGAGGUAUCCUUCUCUCGGGAAGUGCCAUCUUACCCCAUGCUGCAGUUUUGGACACUUUCGCUGUUCUACAGAAUCUCUGACGUUGAUGUUUUCAGGGGCACCGGAUGCCUUCAGGAUUCUAACACCAAGAACUGCGGUUUUGUUUUUCUGGAUGGCUUUGACGAAACCGAGUUUUUCGAAUCGCGGGACUCCUAUGAGAUAAUACUUCUGUCCGAGACAUCCUAUCCUCGGUUUUUUGACUCCCGUUGGGUACAAUGGCGGGAUCUGUAUGCUCUAACCGCAGGUCAGUGCAGGUUUUAUAACAUCAUGAUUCUGGAGUGGAACGGUGGAAUAGCUGAAAGGCGAGGUUUUGGUCUGCUUCACCAAGGUGCUGUUGAGUUUAGUCUGGAUCCUGGUCCGUCUUGGAAGGAAAUAUUUCUAGCGUAG